AUGCCGCCAAAGAAGAGAGCCCCCGUCUACGUGCUGGGCGUGGGCAUGACCAAGUUCAUCAAGCCCCGAGGCAAGGUCGACUACACGGAGCUGGGCUUUGAGGCGGGCGUCAAGGCCAUGCUCGACGCGCAAAUCAGCUACGACGACGUCGAGCAAGGGUUUGCCUGCUACUGCUACGGCGACUCGACCUGCGGCCAGCGCGUCUUUUACCAGUUUGGCAUGACCCAGAUCCCCAUUGUCAAUGUCAACAACAACUGCUCGACCGGCUCCACCGGCCUGGCCCUCGGCCGCAUGGCGGUUGCCCACGGCGGCGCCGACUGCGUCCUCGUCGUCGGCUUCGAGAAGAUGAUGCGCGGCAGUCUCCAGAGCUUCUUCAAUGACCGCGAGAACCCCACUGGCACCACGGCCAAGAUGAUGGCUGCGACACGGGGUGUGACCAACGCCCCCGGCGCCGCUCAAAUGUUUGGCAAUGCCGGCCGGGAGUACAUGGAGAAAUACGGCGCCAAGGCCGAGGACUUUGCCGAGAUUGGCAGAAUUAACCAUGAACACUCCAUCCGCAACCCAUACUCGCAGUUCCAAGAUGUUUACAGUUUGGAGCAGAUUCAGAAAGCACCCAUGAUCCACGAACCUCUCACCAAGCUUCAAUGCUGCCCUACCUCGGACGGUGGUGCAGCCGCGGUUCUUGUAUCUCAGGACUUCCUGGAUGCCCGACCUCAUUUGAAGGAUCAAGCCAUUCUCAUUGCCGGUCAGACCCUGGCUACAGACGCGCCGAGUCUCUUCUCCAAGAGCUCUAUUGACUUGAUGGGCUACGAGAUGACCCAAUACGCAGCCAAGACGGCCAUGGCCGAGGCGGGCAUCAAGCCCAGCGACGUCCAGGUCUGCGAGCUGCACGACUGCUUCUCGGCCAACGAGAUGAUCACCAUUGACGCGCUGGGUCUGAGCGAAAAGGGCAAGGCGCACGAGAUGGUGCGCCGGGGCGACAUCACCUACGGGGGCAAGAUGGUCAUCAACCCGUCGGGCGGUCUCAUCUCCAAGGGCCACCCGCUGGGCGCCACGGGCAUUGCGCAGUGCGCCGAGCUGGUCUGGCACCUGCGCGGCUGGGCCAACAACCGCGCGGUGCCGCACACAAAGUGGGCGCUGCAGCACAACCUGGGCCUCGGCGGCGCCGUCGUCGUCACCGUCUACUGCCGCCCCGACCGGAGCGAGGCGCCCAAGAUUGACUCGGCCGCCAUCGGCAAGGCCAACAAGCUCGGCUACAACCCGGCCGUCGAGGCCAAGGGCUUCACUGCGGCGCAGGCCACGGCCGUCCGCAGCAAGAACAGGUCGAGCGACUGGGCGCUGCAGGACACCGAGCAGAAGGUUGAGGCGAGAUUCUAG